GCUCCGGUCACCCACCAGUCUACUCUGGUGGCUCGGCUCCGGUCUCCGGUCGCCGGUGGGCCACGUUGUCCACCACCUCUACUGCAUCGCCGCAAAUCCAACCCGCGGCGAUUAACGAGAGGGAGGGAAUCAAUCCCCAUUGGAACUGGAGGCGUUCCAAAUCGGGCGGGCUUCUCCGCCAUGUCAACGUGACUCAUCCCCCCACUAUUCCACGCGGAGCCGUCGAAAAAGAAAGCAGCAAAACGAAAUUAUUCGCCCCUUUCCAUUCCACGCCCUUUAUGGUCGGCCGGGGAUCCCACCCCCCUCAGCCGCCACACCCGCGCCGGCCUCCCAUUCCUCCGCCCCGCCCACCACGCCGCGACGCGGAGCAGCAGCAGCAGGAGGAGAUCUCGGGAGGAGGCGGCGCGCGAGAUCCGGCGCCGGAGCGGCGGCUGUCUGUCUGAUUGAUUGAGUGAUCGGUCGAUUGGUUGGCUCGACGAUGGUGCGGGAGACCGGGUACUACGACGUGCUCGGGGUCAGCCCGGCGGCCACCGAGGCCGACAUCAAGAAGGCCUACUACGUCAAGGCGAGGCAGGUCCACCCCGACAAGAACCGCAAUGACCCCCUCGCGGCCGAGAAGUUCCAGGAACUGGGGGAGGCAUACCAAGUACUUAGUGACCCUGCACAGCGUAAAGCAUAUGACUCAGAUGGGAAAUCUGGUAUUUCAACGGAAGCAAUGAUUGAUCCAGCAGCAAUUUUUGCAAUGUUAUUCGGUAGUGAGAUUUUUGAGGAUUACAUUGGUCAACUGGCGAUGGCAUCCAUGGCUUCGCUUGAUAUUUUUGGUGAAGAUCCACAGAUUGGUGCAAGGAAGUUACAAGAGAAAAUGCGAGCUGUACAAAAGGAAAGGGAGGAGAAACUUGCAGAGAAACUGAAGAAUAGAUUGCACAUUUAUGUUCAAGGAAACAAAAAGGAAUUUAUCCAGGUUGCUGAGGCUGAGGUGGCUAGACUUUCUGAUGCAGCAUAUGGGAUUGAUAUGCUGAGUACUAUCGGUUACAUGUAUUCAAGACAAGCUGCCAAGGAGCUUGGAAAGAAAGCUAUCCUUUUGGGGGUUCCUUUUAUAGCUGAAUGGUUUAGGAACAAAGGUCAUUUUAUUAAAUCCCAAGUGACAGCUGCAACAGGUGCAAUAGCUCUUAUGCAGUUGCAGGAAGAUUUAAAAAAACAUCUCAGUUCGGAAUGUAAUUACACUGAUGAGCAACUUGAAGCUUACAUGCAAAGUCAUAAAAAGGUUAUGGUGGAUUCCUUAUGGAAGCUUAACGUUGCUGAUAUAGAGGCAACUCUGUCACGUGUCUGUCAAAUGGUUCUUCAAGAGAGCAAUGUCAAGAGAGAGGAACUAAGAGCUCGAGCUAAAGGAUUGAAAACUUUAGGCAAAAUAUUCCAGCGUGUUAAGCUCAAUAGUGAAGGAGAAGCAGCAACAAUGAAGCAUACGAUAAAUAAUUUGGAUGAUAAUGUUGGCACCUCUCCGGAUUCAUCACCAAAAUCUCCAAGGGUGCAGCCGUUCGAUGCAAACCCACCAUAUUCUCAGAGCCCAUAUGUGGAGGCCCCUCAGUUCGGCGGCACACAUAGUCCGUUCAACUUCCCGAUGCCCACCGCUCCGCCUGGUGCGCAGAGGAAUCCUGUCCCAUGACCCAUCCAGGGCCACCAACUUUUUUUCCGUGGGUCAUCUUUUUUGUACAAUAUUAUUGCUUGUGUUAGUAGAUGAUCACAUGGCGUUCAUUUGUGCCACUAGUAUAGUAGAGCGAAGAAGCAGCUGGGUAUUAUCAAUUUGCUUUCUUCGGAUGUAUAAUCGAUCGAUUAAAAUGAUCCAUACGUCGACGGGAUCCCCGUGUUGUGUACAGGCGUGUCGCGCUGCUUCUGACGGGUUGUCGAGGCAGCGACCGGUCGGCAUUGUUGUAUACAUAAACUAUAUCACAUCACAUAUAUUUUUCCCUUGUGUCUAUGGGUGCAUAAUUGUUUUAA